AUGUCUAGGGUUACUUAUAAUAUUUAUGUCAAUGAUUCCUCCACACCCCAGCCGCUAGCACCAGUUGACCUUCAAGUACUGCCUACAGCCCCAGCUCAAAACGCGGACCACAAACAGCGACCUAACGACUUGAAUAUCCCGCUCCCAAAUCCCCUCUACCUCGUCUCUCGGCCAUGGAUUCCCCAUAGCAACACCGCCGAAUCGAAAGCGGCAGCGCGCCGAAGAAUUGCGAGCCAACACCGCCGAUCCCCAGCCAAGAAGAUGAAGACGAACUCGACGCUCGGGCAUCUUGGAAAUAUUCUCCCCACUUCUGGGAACAGACUAUCCAAGAGCUUGCUGACCCAUUGGCAGUGGAGGAUCACAACCGCCAGGCCAGUCAUCAGCGCCCUCCUCCUCCUCCACCGUCAACCUGCCGCUAUGACCGCGACCCAAUCUUCACGAAGCCCGAGGACCAAGUCCACAGAUCCAACCUCUAUCCUUCCCACCUCGGCAACGACCAAGACCAAGAAAUCGACGCCCUACAACCAUGACUUCGAUUUGCAUCUGGCCGACCACCGUGACCAUCCCAUCUACUCCUCACAAGAGCCAGAUUUGGAGGGGGUUAUGAACGCCUUGUUCCAGAGGGCUACGACGUCAAGAACGAGCUGGAGGACUGGACGGAGCAGAUAG